AUGUCGGGACCUGUAUUAGAGCACAUGAAUUUAAAAGCAGAUUCAAUUAAUAGAAUUACACAUAUCAUCCUACCUCUAAGAACGUACCACAACCAGGGAUACAAACAAGUCACAUCCGAAACUAAUCACCAAGACAAGGUAUACAAACAAGUCACUACCGAAACUGAUCACCAAGACAAGGUAUACAAACAAGUCACUAUCGAAACUAAUCACCAAGACAAGGUGUACAAACAAGUCACUAUCGAAACUGAUCACCAAGACAAGGUAUACAAACAAGUCACUAUCGAAACUAAUCACCAAGACAAGAUAUACAAACAAAUCACUACCGAAACUAAUCACCAAGACAAGGUAUACAAACAAGUCACUAUCGAAACUGAUCAUCAAGACCAGGGAUACAAACAAGUCACUUCCGUAGCUGAUCACCAAGACAAGGUAUACAAACAAGUCACUAUCGAAACUAAUCACCAAGACAAGAUAUACAAACAAGUCACUACCGAAACUCAUCACCAAGACAAGGUAUACAAACAAGUCACUAUCGAAACUGAUCAUCAAGACCAGAAAUACAAACAAGUCACUACCGAAACUAAUCACCAAGACAAGGUAUACAAACAAGUCACUAUCGAAACUAAUCACCACGACAAGAUAUACAAACAAGUCACUACCGAAACUAAUCACCAAGACAAGGUAUACAAACAAGUCACUAUCGAAACUGAUCAUCAAGACCAGGGAUACAAACAAGUCACUUCCGUAUCUGAUCACCAAGACAAGUUAUACAAACAAAUCACUAACGAAACUGAUCACCAAGACAAGGUAUACAAACAAGUCACUAUCGAAACUAAUCACCAAGACAAGGUAUACAAACAAGUCACUAUCGAAACUAAUCACCAAGACAAGGUAUACAAACAAGUCACUAUCGAAACUGAUCACCAAGACAAGGUAUACAAACAAGUCACAUCCGAAACUGAUCACCAAGACAAGGUAUACAAACAAGUCACUUUCGAAACUGAUCACCAAGACAAGGUAUACAAACAAGUCACAUCCGAAGCUGAUUAUCAAGACAAGAUAUACAAACAAGUCACUUCCGAAACUGAUCAUCAAGACCAGGGAUACAAACAAGUCACUUCCGAAGCUGAUCAACAAGACAAGUUAUACAAACAAGUCACUAACGAAACUGAUCACCAAGACAAGGUAUACAAACAAGUCACUAUCGAAACUAAUCACCAAGACAAGUUAUACAAACAAGUCACUAUCGAAACUGAUCACCAAGACAAGGUAUACAAACAAGUCACUAUCGAAACUGAUCACCAAGACAAGGUAUACAAACAAGUCACUAUCGAAACUGAUCACAAAGACAAGGUAUACAAACAAGUCACUAACGAAACUGAUCACCAAGACAAGGUAUACAAACAAGUCACUAUCGAAACUGAUCACCAAGACAAGGUAUACAAACAAGUCACUAACAAAACUAAUCACCAAGACAAGGUAUACAAACAAGUCACUAUCGAAACUGAUCACCAAGACAAGGUAUACAAACAAGUCACAUUCGAAACUGAUCACCAAGACAAGGUACACAAACAAGUCACUAUCGAAACUGAUCACCAAGACAAGGUAUACAAACAAGUCACUAUCGAAACUGAUCACCAAGACAAGGUAUACAAACAAGUCACUAUCGAAACUGAUCACCAAGACAAGGUAUACAAACAAGUCACUAUCGAAACUGAUCAGAAAGACAAGGUAUACAAACAAGUCACUAACGAAACUGAUCACCAAGACAAGGUAUACAAACAAGUCACUAUCGAAACUGAUCACCAAGACAAGGUAUACAAACAAGUCACUAACAAAACUAAUCACCAAGACAAGGUAUACAAACAAGUCACUAUCGAAACUGAUCACCAAGACAAGGUAUACAAACAAGUCACAUUCGAAACUGAUCACCAAGACAAGGUAUACAAACAAGUCACUAUCGAGACUAAUCACCAAGACAAGGUAUACAAACAAGUCACUAUCGAAACUAAUCACCAAGACAAGGUAUACAAACAAGUCACUACCGAAACUAAUCACCAAGACAAGAUUGUUGAAUACUCACUGUGUUUAUAUGUUGGAGUAAAAAUGCACGUGUAG